GCUGUGUUUAGAAAUGGCGGACGAGGGCCAUUUGAAAUACGAUUCGUGUGGGGAUAGCCCCAUUAUUCGUUCCUGCAACGAGCAAAUCGAUUUUGAAAGGUACAGAAAAAUGGUCCAGUGGUACAUCGACAAGCACCAGUACACGUCCGCAUUGUUCUGGGCUGACAAGCUCGCAUCGCUGUCAAGAGAAAACGCGGAUGAUAUUUAUACGAUGGCCCAUUGUCUAUACCUGACGAAGCAGUACCACAGAGCAGCUCACUGCAUCGAAAGUAGAAACCUGCACAAGGCAAAUCUCAAUUUCAAGAUAUUAGCGGUGUCCAGCAGAAUUGCAGGCAAGGAGUACAAAGAGGCAAUUGAAAUCUCAGAAGCACCACUCUUGGAUGCCUGCCACGCAGAGAGUAGUGGUGCGGACUCCAUCUCACAACAUCGGUUGGAGGCAUCACUACACCUGCUCAAAGGGAAGGCGAAUGAGGCUAUUGAGAACCGCACAGUCGCUGCAGAGUGCUACAAGAAAGCGCUGGCCCUCGAUAUUCACUGCUAUGAAGCAUUCGAAGCACUGGUGAAGCAUCAGAUGCUUUCACGAGAAGAAGAGGAGAGUGUCCUUAACCUGCUGACCAUGGCCAUGGGUGCAUCUUGCGAAGACAGCGAGUUUGUCCGGCUGCUUUAUGGGACAAAAGUUAAGAAGUACGACAAGCCAGACCCGUCUGAGCUUCCAGGCGAGCUGUCUCAGCUGAGCGAUAACCUAGAUAUUGCCACAGCUGUGGCUGAAAAGUGCUACUAUAAUUGUGACUACAAGCGCUGCUAUGCCAUCACUUCUUUGGUGCUUAGUAGAGACCCUUAUCUCAUGGAAUGCCUGCCUGUCCACAUAUCUUGCCUGAUGGAGCUUGGAAAAUCUAAUGAUCUGUUCCACCUGGCUCACAAGCUUGUGGAUAUGUAUCCCGAAAAUGCUAUAUCGUGGUUUGCUGUCGGGUGCUACUAUUAUCUGAUAGGCAAGGCAGGUUCCGCAAGACGUUACCUUAGCAAGGCCACUGUGCUGGACCAAGUGUUUGGUCCUGCCUGGCUUAUGUACGGUCACUCCUUUGCCAUGGAGAGCGAGCACGACCAGGCCAUGGCGGCUUACUUCAAGGCACUUCAGCUGAUAAAAGGGUGUCACCUCCCGUUCCUGUACAUUGGGCUCGAGUAUGGCCUGACCAACAACACGAAGCUAGCGGAGCGCUUCUUCAGCCAGGCACUGGCUAUCGCACCCAACGACCCAUUUGUGCUCCAUGAAAUGGGUGUGGUGGCCUUUCAGAAUCAAGAGUACCCGACUGCCAGGCGACAUUUUGAGAAUGCACUGAGUUUGCUUCAAGCGAAUGACCAUGGUGUCCUUCCUGAGAAAUGGGAGCCCCUUCUGAACAACCUUGGUCACACCUGCCGAAAGUUGAGGAAGUACAACAGAGCCCUGGAGUAUCACCAGCAGGCCCUGGUCCUGUAUCCAAAGAAUGCCUCAACGCUUUCUGCCAUUGGGUUUGUCCACAGCCUAAUGCGUCACUGGUCUCACGCAGUCGACUACUUUCACAAGGCCUUAGGUCUGCAGAGGGAUGAUGCGUUUUCAACCACGAUGCUCUCUCAAGCGAUAGAGCAGCAGAUGAGCGAUCUACAGCCUUGCAAAGGUGUUCCUGAAGUACUGCCUGAGUACUCCUCAAGUGACAGCCCGCGAAGCUCUGCACUGGACAUGGAUGUGACAAAUACUUCGUGUCAGUCUCAGGAAUAUGACAUUGACAGCAUAAAUUAGGAUGAGUGGUUGUUGACAUCUGUACAUAAAGCUAAUUUAGUCAA